AUGUCAAAUGAGAUUGUUCAACACCGUUUUGUUCAAAUUCAUCAAGCAUGUGAUUUGACAUCAAAUACAGAAGAACCUUGGUCUACGCUAUCUCAGUCAUCCCUGUCAAAUAUAGCUACCUCUAAUGCAUGUGAAAGAAUAUUGGACAAGGUGAACAAUAACCAAUUGGAAGCUACAACUGCAUUGCGCGAAUUUCAGACUCUUGUCCUAAGCUCUGAUGACGAACCGAAGAGCAUGAUAUAUCUACGCUGUGUUACUUUACUACGCUUACAAGCCAAGACACAAUUUGGCCUUGUCAAAGACGAUCUAGUCCACGUUGAUCCCUUUGUAGCUAUAGUUCGACAGAAACCUAUGCUGUAUUAUGCCAUUUUAAACGAAAUAGAAUACCUAUUUCGAGAGAAAGAAACUACAGAUAUCGCCAUUCUUACGCCUUUUACUCUCAUGGUCCUUCUUACAGACAAUAACUUGGACUAUAAUGCACUUUUAGGAAAAUUGACAUCGAUUUGCUUCUCAGUAGCCAACAAGGAGAUAGCAAAGUCAACUCACGCGCUGAUAUGGAAACAAGUAAUAAUGAAGUAUCCGCUACAGAUGAGCAAUCCUCGUUAUUUGGCUAUAGUGGAUUUUUUGGAAAUUAUAAACACGCAGUUUCAACAGCAAGUCAACUUUGAUGCGAUGGACUGGAUGAUUAAUUACUGCUAUCCUAUACUUGACAGAGCACUGACAUGUGCAUCAAAGGGUGAACCUAUUCUGCCUUAUCUAUCACGCAUAGAACGCUUAUAUUCCAGAGUACAUGGUGACCAGACAAUUUCAACAACACUUCAAGCCAGUGUUUCCCUGUUGUGGGCUGGCUGUUCUUUUCUUUUACUCAAAUCUCAAACACUGGACGAACAACAGAGUGUUCUGAACUUUAUUCGAUUCUGUAUCACUCAUGGCUCUAUUCCUAAGAGAGUGAUGCAAAUUGCAUACCUACCCUUAUUCCAAACCUUAUCUGAGCUAAUGGAUAAGAGCGCAUCAAAGAGCAUUCAGGAGCGCAAGAAUCAAGUACUUGACCUCAUAUAUAGUGUCGAUGAAGCCAAGGAUACCGAGGUAGAUGUGGAAGACGUUCAAAUAGAGAUAUUGAACAUUAUACGUCAUAAUACAAUCCAUGGCCUUUUAGGGCACUUGUUUACUUAUAUUCUUUUCUUUUAUUCCAAUGAAAUGCCUAAAGUAGACAUUUUUUCAAAGAAUCUAUCAUCGACCUCAGUUACACUGAACCUUCUAUUUUUGACACCAUUCACUCUAGACAAUGACACCCAAGUUCAAUGCAAGGCACUCUCUACUCUAUCUGAACUUUCCUUUCUUCAAACAGGCUGUUACAAAUUCCCCGUGUUACUUUACCUGCUCCAUGUCAUUCGACAAUCCUCAGGCAAGUCCGACACGCUUCUCCACAUCUUCCACCACGUCCUUCCCAGUCUCUCAAGUACCAAUGACCCAAUUAUCACAAGCAAAGUGUUACAAAUCAUACUUUCCAUUAUCCACACAGAAGAUAAUGAUUUGUCUAUGGCAAGUCUUGGCGUGCGCGCGCUUGCACAAGUGUACGAACGUCAACCUCGCGUUUGGCAGGAACUGAAGAAGGUAUUUACUGACUGGAUCCUUCGUCGUAAAUCAGCUACACUCCGCCGUAAGGUGGACCUAAGCGUCACUGGACCUAUUCGACUGGAGCUCUCUGUCUUGACCAGCAUGCGGGAUGUGUGCCAAUUGCAUCCCAGAGAAUGUGCACCUGAUAUCUUGCCUAUGGUCAUUUCUUUACUCCAGGCAUGUCAAGACCUCAGUAUGGCUUCGCUUUCAAUCAUUAUGAGCAUCAUUUGUACCUGUGUUGAGGCAGGGUUUGUGGAGCCUAGAUCGAUUUGGAGUAUUACCGUGGUCUAUUUGGCUCGAUUCGCAUUGGAUUCUGGUACGAAAAGAUCUUUGCUCCUGAUCAAACAACUCUGUCGGUUUUAUGCUUUAGCUGGUGACAAGGACGAAGUGACUGAACCAUACCUGCAAUUCAAGGAAACGUUGCUGAAUGACUUCAUUUUGCCUCUAAUUUCUUCCGACAAUGGUUGUCAAGAAUCCAAGACAUAUGCUCUAGAAGCACUAUCUCAUUUCUCGGCCAACGAUAUUGCCACACUUAUACCGGAAAAGGCCAAGGACUACCUGUCAAUGAUCUUGGAAUCAGAGGUACCCAGCAAGGGAUACAGUCCUGUUUUAGUCAAGCUCAUGUCAAAUGAACUUGACCAUAUGCGUCGAGGAUUAUUUAUUGAAGAAACCAGUAAAAAGCCCGAGACGACAUCAAAGAAACGUAAAGCCUCAACCACCGGAGAACGAGAACAAGAAGUAGGAAAAACAUUGACCGAGAAAUGGGCGGAGGGUCAUGUAGCUCCUGGCCUUAGAGCAGGUUAUGCAACAGCCAUUCUUCAUAUCUUGGAUUUUAGUAGAGAGUCUAUCUCUGAAGACACGCUUGAUGCUAUUAGCAAAACGAAAUGGUAUCGUGCCAUGGUUACAUCCUUUACAGAUCUUGCCUUGACUGAUCACCUCCUCGUUCGUGUCUCAAGUAUAUCAUCCUGGCAAGCAUUCUUUCAGGCAGUUUUAAAGGGAAAAGAAGUAGAGGUUGAGUCCAUUGUGUCUAUACUGUUGAAAGAUUUAUUAGCACGUCUAGAAAGAAGUACUGUACCUGGUGUCAGCACAAACAUAUUGUUAGCCAUCACAGGGCUUGUCAGCACGCUACGUGUCAUCAUUCCUUCAUUCGCAUCAUCCUGUGCAAACGACAUCGUUCAAGUAUUACUAAGAAACUAUAUUCUGUUACAAGGCUCACCUUUAUCCCACUCUGCACACUUGAUGAGUGAAGAAGUUCAAUUUGCAGCAAGGUUUGCGCUAGGCCAUUUAUCGACCCAUGUCAUAAGUAAUGAUAAGCUGGCAGAGACGAUAAGCAAAACGUUGAUUGAAGCAGCAACUUAUGAAAAGGCAAAGUCAAGAAACAUUGAUACGGCUGUUGAUCUUGUUCAGUUUGCAAAUGGAUACGCAGCUGGAUACUUUGUCAUCAGCGUUAUCCAAUGGCCUACAAAGACAGAGCAAUUGGAUGUUUUGGGCAAACAAGGGCUCUAUCAACUCUUGGGCUACUGCAAUUCGCCUGGUAUUUCUGAAAGCCGUGUGCUAGGUAUCAUGAUGGGACUGUCGUCUAAACAAAAUGCAAGUGGUAUGAAAGAAGUCUUGUGGUUAGCUAAGGACGUGCUUCGAUCAUACACUGAUGGUCAUCCAGUUAAUAUCGGUCUAUUGCUUGGGUCUACUUGGGUUUGUGGUGUUGGUGGUGCUCCUGACAGUGGCGCUAUAGAUGACGAGUGUGCAAGUGUUUUAGAAUCAGCUUAUACGAGAGCUGUGACAGAUGGUCAAUUGGCACAGCACUUUUACCACUUUAGCGUUCCUUACUCACAGCUAUGUCGCUCACGACUUGUGAAUGGCUCAAAGGAGGAGAACGAGGCAAUGUACAGCUACAGGCGUUUGCUUGAUCAAGAACUUGAGCGCAUUGAUAAUGAUGAUCCAUCAAGCAACUACCGCAUUGCAGGAUUGUUCAGCUUGGGCAGUCUUCUAGGUGUUCAUUACCUACCAUCUGAGGGACCGAGCGAUCGUCUUUACAUAGAGUCAAACAAAUACAGCGCAAGCACAAGGCAUACUGUCUGGGACAAACUGAUGCAUGCUGCAGGGCUUACGGGAAGAUCAUCAGCUCCUGUUGGUAACUUGAAGAGUGGCCGUAUAGCAGCUGCUGUUUGUGGGAAAAUUAUCAAUCAUGCUCAGCUCAUGGCUGCUACUUCGCAGAUAAAAGAAAAACAGACCGCAUCCGAUUUACUGCUUUUGUCUGCCUCAUCUGAACCCGCGUCUUACAGUCGACUGAAUCAAAACACCAGUUACAUUCGAGCUGUAUUCGACAGCCUAGUCAGCCUUGUCGAGGCAGAACGUCCUUUGACAGAUCAUUUGGAGCUUCUCCUAUCUAGUUUACUGCUCACACCUGGUCCAUUGCCGCCAGUCAAUUGGUUUAUGUUGAUGAACGAAGUAUCUAGUGUGUCUUCAUCGCUCCGAGGCUUGUGCAUUCGGUUUGCUUCGGCUCAUGCGUCGUCAUCGCUUUCGCUAACAGAAUUCCUGCUCUCUCAGCUAUCGAUCGCUUUGGAUCCUUUGAAGAAGCAUACAUUAAAUGCCGAACUGUGUCUCUUGCUUACAACCGAGCCUGGCUUAGGCAAAGUAUUGGAACUGGCUGGCCUGCCAUCCAGUGAAAAGGCUCAAACUACGACGCGUCGUGGCUUGAGUUCUAUGAUGAAAAAGGCAAGCAUAUCUGAUAGCAGAGCAUUGGAAAUGGUUCAAAGUUUUGCCAAACAGAUACACACGUUUGAUAAGGAAACGCAGCUUCAAUUCUUUGUUACAUUGUUCAACCAUCUUCCUACUCAAAGGUCCGAUUUGGAUGAAACUAAAAUGAAGCUUGUGACGGAUAUACGCAAGACAAUUUUACACCAACUGACUUUACCUUGGACAAGACAAGCUGAGCCUGAGAUGACCACACUUCUCCGCCACUGUGUUGCUUGCAGUCUUGAUAGUCCUGAUCAAUUACAAAACAGGGAAUCGUUCUUUGAACAGACAGAUCAAGAAGGAUUCGGCACGAUUGUUGCCAUCUGCGAGCUUUACAGAUUGACUCCGAAAACGAAACGCCAUCCACUUGUGAAAUGGAUAGCGAUGUCAAUGGCCUACCUUGUCGGCCUCCGAAACUCGCCUCUUCGCUAUGCGUCCUGGGAAAUCAUUGCAGCAACUAUAGAACAGGACGUAACUAGUGAACAAGAGAUGUUGGCAUGGAUUGUGCGUGUGUUGGAUGCCUUUAUUGUGUAUGGAAAUGGUCAUCAUCAGUCGUGUGCGACAGACAUUCUUGCUGGAAUCGCUGAUGGGUUACGGUGUAUACUGGGUUGCCUGUUUGGACAGGUCAUGUGUCCAGCAGUAACAGAUGAUAGUAUCAAGAUGGCAGAUACGAUCUAUAGUAUGAUGCAUACGAUAGAAAUUGGAAAUAAGCAUGCGUCUGAGCAAGAGCAGAUUGCUUUACGUCUCUUUACGUUAAUGGAUAUGAUGAAAGAACAGAGCUGUGGGUCAUUAACCAAAAUCAUACGAAGCUGUCCCCAACAUAUCAUUCAAAAGGGCCUUACACCCUAUCAAAGAUGGGCUGUUGAAUGCCAAUAA